AGGGAGAGAGACAAGGGGGGGGGGGGGAGGGAGUGACGUGCGCUCUGCGCGCUAGCCCCGCGUGCACGGCAUCAGCGGGAGCUGCGUCGGCGCCUGGCGCCCGUGCAUCUCGCUGGGAGUCUGCUUACACUCGUGGACAGCGUCAAGGCUAGCAGCGUUUCUCUGAAGAGAAAGAAAAAGGGAGAUUUAAAAACAAAAAAAUCCGUAGCACGAAUUUUUUUAAAAUUAUUUUUUUUGGAAUUUUGAACCCGUGCGACGGGGCCUCGGGUUGGGGGCCUCGUGCUCCCAGCUUUCUCCGGAGCGAUCGCACGUGGAGGCUGCUGUGAGGGCGCGUAGGCCCUCUUGUUGCGCGAGCGGCGAUGGGGCCCGGGGUCUAACGAGGCCCGGGGCCGCGUACUGCGCGGGCCUGCGGGUCCCGCUCGGCACGUGCCCGCGCGGGGGCUCCUCCGGCGUGCCCCCCCACGAAUUCUUGCAGCGCCGUUCCGAGCGACCGAGCGGCAGAGAUUUCGGUUUUUGUUGUUGUUGGGUUUGGUGCAUUUUUGUUGUUGUCACGUGACCCCUACAUCGGGGCUUCAAAAGUUUUAUUUUUUUGACAACGAAAGCAAGAAGAGGGGAAGAAGCAAUCGCCGAGCCGCCUGCGGGGGGGAGGAGGGGGGAGCGUGAGAAGCCGGAGGCGAAGCUGGCGAGGAGCCGGCGACGUGCCCCCUGGGACGUGGUUCGGGGAUGGACUUCUCUCCCAUUCACACGUACUCCCCGCCAGAGUUCGCGCCCGACAACACGGGGUACACCUACGCGCUCAGCUCGAGCUACUCGAGGGCGGCGCUGGAGUACGAGAUCCGGAACUCCCUGGACCCCGUGUACGACUCCCCGCGGAUGUCGCGCCGCAGCCUGCGCCUGCGCACCGGUAACGGCCACUCCGCCGCCUCCUCCCUCGCCGGGGACAGCGGCGCGGCAUCGCAGACGGCGGCGAUGGCCUCCCGAGGCGGCGCCGGCAAAACCCGGGACGGAUCGGAAAGCGGCGAAAUCAAGUUCGCGUGGAGCUCGGGCGCCGUGACGAACGCGGCGCGCGUGCGGCUGGACGCCGCCGCCGCCGGGUCGCCCCGCCGGUCCCCGCAGCGCCGCGCCGCAAUCUCCGCCGGAAACCACCCGGACCUCCUCCUGUCCUCAUCAUCCCCGCUCCCGGACCUCUCCUCCUCCUCCUACACCAAGGUGGAGACGACCUCCGCCUCCGUCCACAGCCGGGCUGGCGCCAUGGACUCGGAGGUGAGUCUGGCUAACGGUGCCGUGCCCUCGGCGACGCCGGCGGCGGAGACGGACUCCGCCCCGUUGCGUGGCGCCCGGGCGACGCCCACCAACGGCUACGGCUCUUCCGGCCGCCACGCACACGAGCAGUCCUUCUGCUCUUCCUCAUCAUCCUCCUCCUCCCUCUACUCGUCCUCCUCCGGCAACACGUGGGCCGCUCACUCCUGGGGCGAGCGGGUCGAAGGCCUGGUGGAGACCGCCACGUGGGCCGCUUCGUGGGUGACGCGGGGCGCCGCGCGGGCGAGACGCGCCGUGCUGCGUUGGCUGCUGCUGCUGCUGGCGCAGCUGCUCUGGAGCGACGAGGCCGGCGUCUCGCAGGCCGGCUCGGACGACUCCAGCAAAGCGGCGGCCUUCCCCCGCGACGCCUCGUUCGCCAAGAUCCCCCGAGCCGAGAUGACCCAGACGACCACCACCACGGUGACGACCACCACCAAGACGCGGCGCCAGCGUCGCCGAACCGAUUCUUCACGCUCGACGACGCCGACGUUCGACGACGCCGCCGCCGACGCCGCCGACGCCGAGGAGGACGAUCGCUACAUGACCCUGAGGUCGCGGGCGCUGGCCUGGCAGGGCCGCUGCGUGCACCACGAGCAGCCUGGUGUGGCCGCGGAGGCGCCGGUGAGCGGUGGCGGCCACGAUGAGCGGCGGUCGCGUUCCUUGGCGACGCAGCUGGGCUCGUCCUCGGCCCACGAGACGUUUCAAGCCGGGGUCGCGCGCUACGGCGGCUACGGCGGCUACGGCGGCGGCGGCGGCUACGGCGGCGGCGGCGGCUACGGCGGCGCGGCGUCGCUGGCGGAGUUCUCCGAUGGGGAAGGCGGCUGCAAGAUUGAGAAGCGCAGCGAGGCGACCUCGAGCGCUCGCUACUCGGCAGUGGCGUCGGGGGCGGCGUCGUCGUGGACGUGGUCCUCCGUGAGACGCCUCCUGACGAGUCCAGGGCGCUGCGUGUCUGCCCUCUUCUGGUGGCUCGGCACUGGGUGGUACCAGCUGGUGACGCUCGUGUCGCUGCUCAACGUCUUCCUGCUCACCAGGCACUACCGUAGGCACCUGCUCGGCCUCCUGCUGCUGCUACUGCUGCUGCUCCUGCCCCUGCUGCUCUUCUACGGCGGCUGGUGGUGCUGGGUGGCGCUGGGGUCGCUGCUGCCCAGCGCGGGCCCCGCAAGCGCCGUGCUGCCCGUGCUGCCCCCCCCGACGCAGGAGGCCACGCUUGCACCCUCGACUUCCGUGGGGACGCCGGACGGCGGCGCCGCUGCCACCGACGGGCACCCCGCGGCGCCGCCCGGCGCCAGCGCGCAGCACGCGCUCCGGGUCGAUCGCCUCGAGAGGGAGCUGCUGUUGCUGCGAGCGUCGGCAGCCGAGCAGCACGAGAGCACCCAGCAGGCCGUGCGGCUCAUCCUGGAACUGCGCGCCGAGCAGCAGCGGGCGGCGGCCGCGGCGGCGGAGACGGACGGCGAGCAGGGCAGGGCUGCGGCGGCGCUGGCGGCUGCGGCGUUGGCGGAGGAGCAGCGCUACCGGCACCUGGACGAUCACGUUAAGCGCCUGGCCAAGGCGCUGGCGGCGCAGACGGACGAGGCGGAGAGGCAGCGGCUCAGGAUUCAGCUGCUGGGGCGGCAAGUGAGCGCGCUGUCGGCCAGCGGGAAGGCGGCGCGCUCCCGAGACGCCGGUGCCGCCAUCGCCGCCGGUGCCGCCGCAGGGGGGCGGGCCGAGGAGGCUCGGCGGGCGAGCGAGGAGGAGCUGCUCGCGAAGGUGGACGAGCGAGUCGGGGGCGGCCUGGCCGCGUUGCUCGCGGACAUCCGGCAGAACCGCGACGACAUCGGCAGCCUCGGGACUCGCGUGGAGCAGCGAGACACGGAGGUGACGCGGCUGCUGAGCGCCAUCGAGGGCAGCGUCCUGGAAAUUCAGAAGGUGCAGAUUCAGCUCCAGGACUGGAAAAGGAACGGGAGCCAAGACAGCGAAAGGUGGGACGAGGGUGCCGGCCGCCGCCUCCUGUCGCAGGCCCUGGCGCGCCUCGAGGUGGACGUGGUCCGCCUGGAGUCGCGGCUCGAGGCCCUGAGCGCCCGCGUCGCCGACGGCAUCGCCGCCGCCACGGAGCGCUGCUGCGGAGACGCUGCCGGCGCAACGGAACGCACGGUCCGCGCGGGCGUGGAGGCGUCCCUGCUGGCGCUGCUGGCCGGCGGAGACGGCGCCGGCGAAGGCGACGCCGGCGAGACGCGGGCGGCACUGCUGCGCUGGCUGAGCGAGCGCUUCGUGCGGCACGACGAGCCGGGCCGGGCGGUGCGCGAUCACGCGGCCGACGCGGUCGUUGCCGCGGGCGCCACCGUCACCGCGGGGAUUCACGGCGGCGCCGCCGACGGCGUCUCGGAGGAGCGCGUGCAGCACAUGGUGCAGGACGCGCUGCGACUGUACAGCGCGGACCGCAUCGGCCUGGUGGACUACGCCCUCGAGUCGGCCGGCGGCAGCAUCCUGAGCACUCGCUGCACAGAGACGUACGAGACCAAGACGGCCAUGGUCAGCUUCUUCGGCCUCCCCAUCUGGCACCUGUCGCAGUCGCCUCGCGUCAUCAUCCAGCCGGACGUGAACCCGGGGAACUGCUGGCCGUUCCGCGGCACGUACGGCUACGUGGUGGUGCAGCUCUCGGCCACGAUCCGCCCCACGGCGUUCUCGCUCGAGCACGUGCCGCGCUCCCUCUCCCCGACCGGCGCCGUGAGCAGCGCGCCGCGCGACUUCGCCGUCUACGGCUUGGAGAGCGAGGACCAGGAGGAAGGGCUGAUGCUGGGACGCUAUGACUACGACCAGGACGGGGAGGCCAUCCAGACCUUCCCCGUGCAGGAGGAGAUCGGCGACGCGGCGUUCCGCAUCGUGGAGCUGCGCGUGUUCAGCAACUGGGGCCACCCGGAGUACACGUGCCUCUACCGCUUCCGCGUGCACGGCCGCCUCGCGCUGCACUGAGGCCGCCCCUGCCCACCCCCCCGCCACCCCCCCGCCCUGCCACCCACCCACCCACCGCACCGCACCGGCCGGCACCGGUAGGGCGCGACGACGACGCGACGCGCCGGCCCCGCGUGCCGGCGCGCGGGUCGACCAACCCAACUUAAACGCCGAUGAUGAAAGUUUCGUUUCUUACCCGGGAGGCGUUCGUAGCGGCUACCCGAGUGGCGUGUUUGGCCGUCCUCCCAAGUUGGCGAAGGCCGUCGCGAAGGCCGUCGGGGUUUUUUGUUCACCGCGUUCGCGGCGUCGCCCGUCCCGUUGUGGUCUCGCGGUCGUUUUCGCGCGGCUCCAUAAAUAAUUUCGAAGGCCCUCUUUGGUUUUUUUUUUUUCCUUUCCUGCUGUUGUUCUUCUGGCAAAAAAGCAAUCGGACGGAAAUGUUGUUUCUUUUUGUUUUUUAAAGCCUCGCGACGAAAGCGCGUUGUUCGGCUGCCCGCCGGAGGCCGCGGCCGCGGCGCCAACGUAGCCAACGUAGCCAACGUCGAAACGGGAAAAAAGAGAAUUUCGUUGAGAAAAAAAACGUCAAACGCGUUCGUAAAAAAAUAUUUAUUGUACACGGCAUCACCCAAAACUGAGGCAGGUUUGUGGGGGGGGGGUGGGGGAAGUGGGGGGAGGUCGUGGGCCAGACUACAAUGAAUGUCACACGUGGGAAGAGUCAAACAGCACAGAGCAAUUCACGUUUUUAUAAGCUUUGCGAUUUUUUGGCAAAGUUUUAAGGAUUUUUUUUUUACGACGAUACAUACGUGUGUAUAAAAUAAAAACAAUAUAAAAAUAGGGACGAAGACGUAAUUUUGCAAACGUAGCGCCAAUACGUCUGCAACGCCACGGGUUUGAGUCCGUUGUACAUACAUCACUGCCACUGUACAUUGUGCCCGGAACACUAAACCACGCAGCGCUGGGUAGGGAAACGAUUAUAACAAACAAACAAACUAAAAGUUAUAAUAUAUUUACGUGCUGUCGCUGAAUCGAUUCUUAUUGUUGUUUUGUAUUUUGAUUGUAAUCUCCGACGCUGAGGCUUGCCAUCGCGACUCGCCCACCGCGGUGUCCGUCGGGCUGCGCCGCGAGGACGCUUGCUUUGGUUAUUUUUGGGGUUUUUUUUGCGACGUUAAUUUCGCACCCCCCAGAGUCUGUGCGCCCCCCCCACCCUCGUCGCCGCCGUUCUCAUUCGCAUUUCCAAGCGCAACGACGCUAAACCUGUGGUUCUCCUUGUAUCGGUUUAUCACCCACUCCCGUCAGAAUUGUCAUUCGUUCAGUUCUCCCCCCCCCCCCCCCCCUUCAUGGACAUAUCCCGUCCGCUUCGGUCGUCAUCUCGCUGGGCUUCGUCACGUGUCGAGCUCACGGCGUUUCCGCCGGAGACCGGGAUGAAUCUUCUUCCGAGUCGCCGCAUUUGUGAGCCUCGGGGGGGGGGGGGGGCGGGGGGGGGGGGGGGCGGGGUAGGGGGGAAGGCCGGCGAGUGUCCGGCAGUGGAACCCACAUUUUCAACGGAACUGUUAUUUUUACUUUACCAGGUAAAGCCCACUGAGCUAUAUCUAGUUUUUUCAGAAGCAACCUGGCCACAAAUAAAUUGUGAUUGCUUAUCAUGUGGAUAUUUCUAGCAGCCAAAUAAUAUGAAUGGGUGUUGAUUCUAAAUGUGGAGGUGAAAAACCGGAGGACCCAGAGAAAAAUCCACGUGGCCGUGGGAAGAGAGACAGGAAAACUCCAAAUGAACAGGUGUCAGGGUCUGAAUUGAACCCACGUCCUGCUGUAUACCAAGCGAGGCAGAUAACAUCUUACCGCCGUGGCACCAAAAUCCAAUAUUAGACGAGGUGUUGACAACGCGCGUUUUAGUGGAAGCUUGUAACGGCCAGCAAACAGGACCGCUUGUUGACCGCGAGGGAAACUUGGACCGUUCCGACGUUCCGACUAAAACCGGGUCCCCAUUGAGGUGUCACGGAGGAGGUGUGAAAAAUGGAGAGCUCAGAAUCUGACACCACGCGCCAACAGAUCGUGCACCAGGUCACAUGGCCCCGCCGCGCGUUGGCUCGCCGUGCUCGCUCUCCGCUCGGCCGCUUUGGUGCGGGAAGCCGCCGGCGUGCCACUGGCCGCUUGCCGCGUUUCGCAAAGUUCCUGCGGUUUUAAUUGUGGGAGUGAAGCGGACGUUCGCAGAAGCUGUUCUCGUAAAAAAAAAA